GAGUGAGGGGCAAAACAAAUGGCUUACAUUGCGACGUGUUCUUAAAAAUUGGGGUUUUUUCGUCAGAGAACAUCUCUCUGAGUUGACAUAACUAACCGUCACUGAAAACAGUCAUGUUUAGUCGGCCGUGCGUCAACAGUAGUCAAGAGUAACUUCUCUGUUAGCCUGACCGAGCUAGCCGCCGUUAGCAGAGUCUGACAGACUCUGUAGCCAUAGGAUGUCGGUGCACUUCGAGGAGAGGAGCGGGGUGAUCCCCUGCAGGACUCCGUGGGGCUCCUGGUACCAAACCAUGGAGGAUGUCUUCAUCGAAGUCAAUGUGCCACAUGGGACGUCAGCCAAAGAAGUCAGGUGUCACCUGGGAUCCAGAGACAUUGAGCUGCAAGUCAAAGGGCAGGAAAUAUUCAAGGGGAGAUUGUUUGACACAACUAUGUCUGAUGAGGCUACAUGGACACUAGAGGACAAGUGUCUCAUCCGGAUUAUUCUGAUGAAGACCAACAGACAGGCAGGGAACUGCUGGUCCUCCCUGCUCGAGGGGGAGUAUUGUGCCAAUGCCUGGGUCCAGGACCAGAUGCAGAGAAAACUCACAUUAGAGAGGUUUCAACGGGAGAAUCCUGGAUUUGACUUCAGUGGUGCGGAAAUCUCCGGGAAUUUUCAUGGUGGUGGUCCCGACUUUUCCAGUUUACAGAAGUGAACGUUGCUGUCGUCAAACACGUCACCUCUAUGGAAUGGACACUGUUGAAAACAUCCAUGCUGUGGCAGAGGAUCCAUCACACUCUCGGCAAAGAGAAGCCCAAAGGUUUGCUUUCAGAGGAACAGUUACUGGUUUGUUUACUGGACACGUGUUUGACCAAGACAGAAUCUUAUUGGUCAUAAGUAUUCUUUCUUCCGACUGUCCUGGUUUGCUCAAGACUGACUUAUUCCCAAGCGGAAAUGUUGGAUCCGAUUGUGAAAAGCUUUUCAGAGUGAUGUCUUGUAAUAAUGAAACUGAUACAGCAAUAACUUUUCAAUAAAGUUUUAUUGAAAGGUACAAGUGCA